AUGACUAACGCGAGGACGGUUCUUUUCGUCCCAGCGACGACGCUCGUCGCCGCGACGGUCGCCGCGCCCGUCGACUUGGAGAAGGCCGAGGCGCUCCGCUUCCUGCGCGCGUACGGUUUUCUGAAGGACAACGGAGAAUCGCUGUCGUCCGAUAACGCGACAUCUCUGCGUCGCGCGUUGUUGCUGUUUCAGGAAUACUAUCAAUUAUCGGGAAACGGCGCGUUAGACGCCGUUACGCUUAGCCUUAUGCGCAAAUCGCGAUGCGAUCUCACGGACAUUCCUGAUCGCACAUACAGCCCGAUCGCGCGAAAAUGGCCGAAAACGCGUCUCACGUGGAACUUUCAGGUAGCCAGCGAGGAACUCUCGCGAACGGCCGAAGCAGCGUUCGCGUUAUGGCCGGUGAAUUCGUCGCUAACCUUCGCGCGCGACCCGCUGCGACCCGAUAUACUGAUAUCGUAUCGAACGGGCGCGCACACUGAAACCCUCGGGCGAUCUCGCGCUAUUCGCGGACAAUUCGAUCUACCUCGCGGAAUAUCCCAGCCUUAA